CGGGACCUAGCAUGAGCCGGAAGCUCCUGGAAGGAGAUCUAGGGGGUCACCUUUAUUCUUGUGUUUUAUCCACCGUUCAUUUAUUUUAGGUUAAGAGCCUGUAUAAGAUGUAGAUACUAAAUCUUGAGUGGACCAUGCCAAAUGAAGCAGGGUGACAAUGAUGCCUACCGUUGAAACCUUUUUAUAACCCACCGUGAUAUUUAUUUACUAUCUGAUCUAUUUAUAAUGUCAAACCAACAUGGAUGAAUGGAAAGAAUCGGAAUCCUUUGUUUGCCACAAGUUGAAAAAUUCUAAUUUUUUCAGUUUAAUUGAACCACAUCAUCACACACCACUGCAUCUUAGGUGAUUACAUGAACCAAUCAUAAUACAUGGAAAAUAUGAUUUUAUUGGAUUCGAAUGAAAAAGUAUAAAUGUGGAUUGAUCCAAACUUGUUGUGGCCUCCAUGAAGUUUUCAAUGGUAGGAUUUUCAUCCCCACUGUUACCUACUGUUCAGGCCAUUUGAAUACUAAAUCUGCCUAUUAUUUUGGGUCAUUCCCUAAAAUGAUCUGUCAAAAUGGAUAGACGGUGUGGAUUAAACAAGUAGAUCAAAGAGGGCCCCAUAGAACCCCUGCAAGAAGUGUCCGUCUCUAGCUAGGCCCGGGGUAGUACCCACGAGGUAAUCUUUCCCACAGGUUUCACUCUCCCUACGAGAAAAAUCAAAACGGGAAGAAACGAGAAGCUCGAAGGAAAACAGAAGAGGAAGGAAAAUGUCAGUAGCGGAAGAUCAAGGAGCGUUCUAUCUGAGAUACUACGUAGGGUAUAAGGGCAAAUUCGGGCACGAAUUCCUCGAGUUCGAGUUUCGGCCCGACGGGAAGCUCCGAUACGCCAACAACUCCAACUACAAGAACGAUACGAUGAUUCGCAAGGAAGUCUUCCUCACUCCUGCCGUCCUCAAAGAAUGCCGAAGAAUCAUCGCCGAGAGCGUGAUAAUGAAGGAAGACGAUAACAACUGGCCCGAGCCGGACCGGGUGGGCCGGCAGGAGCUCGAGAUCGUGAUGGGGAACGAGCACAUCUUCUUCACCACUUCGAAGAUCAGAUGUCUUGUUGACGUCCAGAGCAGCAAAGAUCCUGAAGGGUUUCGCAUCUUCUAUUACCUUUUUCAGGUUGGUGAAAUAGGAUCGAAAUGUCCUUCUCUGCUUUUUUUAGGUAUUCUUUGGUUUGAUACAUGUGAUUGUUUCCAGAGCCAGGUUAUGUUAUGUUCGAUUCCUUCUCUUUGAACUUUCCCUUUUUUUAGGGUAUC